AAACUCUUGGAUUCCUUCAAAGAAACACAAAAACGGUGCGUUUCGAUCAGGUUGGUUUUCUCCUUCCUCGCUCGCACUUCUUCGUUCAGCAUCAGCAUGAUCUGAUUGUGUUUCGUCUCACCCCACCGUUCCGUUUUCAGGGAAAUGGGUCUGUGGACUUUACUUGAGGGGUUUCUUCUUCUUGCAAAUGCGCUAGCGAUAUUAAAUGAGGACCGCUUUCUUGCACCUAGAGGAUGGGGCUUCCAAGAUUUCUCGGGUGGAAGGACUAAGUCGUUCAAAGGCCAGCUUAUAGGCCUCAUUUAUGCAACUCAGUACCUCAGAGUUCCUCUCAUACUUCUCAAUUCCAUCUGCAUUUUUGUGAAGUUGGUGUCCGGAUGAUGCUUGACUAGGUGUUUCUGUCAGAUGAUUGCACAAAGGUCUUCAAGACAGUAGGGUUGCCAAAUUCCACUGUAGAAAUAUCAAUUGAAGUAAUUGUCUUGUUUUUUGUGAUAUUGUUCAUUGCCACACAAUAGUGUUCUCAAUAGUAACAUAGGCUGAAAUGAAGGGCAUUAUGAUUUUAAAUUCAGUUUUCUAUUCAAUUUA